AUGCUUAAAAGCUGGAACAAGACCACUAUUACCUUGAUUCCUAAGAUUCAGUGCCCUUCAAAUCCUAAGGAUUAUCGUCCUAUUUCUUGCUGCCAUGUUUUGUAUAAGUGCAUAUCAAAACUUGUUUGUUCUAGGCUUAAGCUAGUACUUGGUGACCUUAUUGAUCAAGCUCAAGGAGCGUUUGUGGCUGGUCGGAACAUUAUGCAUAAUAUUCUGUUGUGCCAGGAUCUUGUUAAGCAUUAUUCUAGGAAGAAUUGUGCUCCAAGUUGCCUCUUGAAGAUUGAUCUUUGCAAGGCGUAUAACACUAUGAGCUGGCAAUUCAUUAAGGAGAUGCUUGUUGUGCUAAACUUUUGGCCCUCCUAUGUUUAUCAAGAUCAUAAUGACCUGUAUUACCUCAACAAGUUAUGUGAUCAUGCUCAAUGUGCAGAAGGUACCUUUCGUUUCCAUCCUAGAUACAAGACUAUUAAGCUUUCUCAUCUUUCUUUUGCAGACGAUUUGAUGUUAUUUUGUAAAGGAGAUGUGUCCUCUAUACGACCUUUAUGUAAUUGCUUGCAUUUGUUUUCCCAAGCAUCUGGGUUACAAGCUAACUCAGCAAAGUCAGCUCUCUAUACAACAGGUGUACCUAGUGAUAUUAAAGUGGAGCUUAGGGAUUUGUCUCAGUUUAUUCCCUUCCUUUUAAGUAUCUUGGGGUUCCUUUAUCUUCCAAUUGUCUUUGCAUGGUUGACUGUGAGCAGAUUGCGGAUAAAAUGA